AUGGAGCAACAUCUUCCAAAAAACGACAAGAAGGCAUUGUCGGAAUGGCUGGAGCGGACGGAACCGUACUUUAUGGGAAUUUUUUGUUUAGAAUGCAUUUUAAAAGUGAUUGCUUUCGGAUUCGCCUUCCAUAAAGGCUCAUAUCUACGAUCAGGAUGGAAUAUCAUGGACUUCAUUGUAGUCGUUUCUGGUGUUGUUACAAUGUUGCCAUUUGGUUCCACCAUCCAAGCCGCCAAUCAACCGGUGGACACGGUCGAUCUGCGAACAUUGCGAGCUGUUCGUGUGCUUCGACCACUCAAAUUGGUUUCCGGAAUUCCGAGUUUACAAGUCGUCCUCAAAUCUAUCCUGUGUGCAAUGGCGCCAUUGCUCCAAAUCGGACUGCUUGUGUUGUUCGCGAUUAUCAUCUUCGCCAUCAUCGGACUCGAAUUCUACUCUGGAGCGUUUCACAGCGCGUGUUAUAACGAGCGAGGUGAAAUUGAGAACGUCUCGGAGAAACCGAUGCCAUGUACUAACAAAACUUCGCCAAUGGGUGUUUACAACUGUGAUGUCAAAGGAACCACCUGUUUGCAAAAGUGGAUAGGACCUAAUUAUGGAAUCACUUCUUUUGACAAUAUUGGCUUCGCCAUGAUCACGGUGUUUCAAUGCAUUACUAUGGAAGGGUGGACCACUGUAAUGUAUUACACGAACGAUUCACUAGGAAGCACUUACAACUGGGCCUAUUUUAUCCCGCUUAUAGUUUUAGGAUCAUUUUUCAUGCUCAAUCUCGUUCUCGGAGUGUUGUCUGGAGAGUUUGCCAAGGAGAGAGAACGUGUUGAGAACCGUAGAGAAUUUUUGAAGCUCAGAAGACAACAACAGAUUGAAAGGGAGCUCAAUGGAUAUCUUGAAUGGAUUCUGACUGCCGAAGAAGUGAUUUUGAAGGAAGACCGUACCACUGAAGAGGAGAAAGCGGCUAUCAUGGAAGCUCGGCGCCGAGCAGCCAACAAGAAGCUCAAACAAGCAUCCAAACAACAAUCCACAGAGACUGAAGAAGAUUUUGAAGAAGAUGAGGAUGAGAUGGAAGAGGAAUACGUCGACGAAGCUGAGAGAAAAAAGAGAGGAUGUUGUCAUUCGUUAGGAAAAUUUAUUAAACAAUUGAGAAUUCAAAUACGUAUCAUGGUGAAAACUCAAAUCUUUUACUGGUCGGUUAUUACACUGGUAUUUUUAAACACUUGCUGUGUCGCUAGUGAGCAUUAUGGACAACCACAAUGGUUUACGGAUUUUUUAAAAUAUGCUGAAUUCGUCUUCCUGGGUAUUUUCGUGGUUGAGAUGCUUCUCAAACUGUUCGCUAUGGGUUCGCGCACCUACUUCGCUUCUAAAUUCAACCGAUUCGAUUGUGUCGUUAUCGUCGGAUCAGCUGCCGAAGUCAUCUGGGCCGAAGUAUACGGAGGCUCUUUUGGUAUUUCUGUGAUGAGAGCUCUCCGACUUCUCCGUAUUUUCAAACUCACUUCCUACUGGGUAUCUCUUCGUAAUCUGGUCCGAUCUCUCAUGAACUCUAUGAGAAGUAUUAUCUCCCUUCUGUUCCUUCUCUUUUUGUUCAUUCUCAUCUUUGCACUUCUUGGUAUGCAAUUGUUUGGAGGAAGAUUCAACUUUCCUACCAUGCAUCCAUACACACAUUUUGACACCUUUCCAGUGGCUCUCAUUACUGUGUUUCAAGUGAGUUCAAUCAAUUGUCAUAGGAACUUCGAAUUAAAAUUCUUUAAGAUUCUCACUGGAGAAGACUGGAACGAAGUGAUGUAUCUCGCUAUUGAAUCGCAAGGAGGAAUCUACAGUGGUGGAUGGCCUUACUCAAUUUAUUUCAUCGUUCUGGUACUCUUCGGUAACUACACCUUGCUAAAUGUGUUCUUGGCUAUCGCUGUCGACAACUUGGCGAAUGCACAGGAACUAACAGCUGCUGAAGAGGCAGAUGAAAAGGCGAACGAGAUAGAAGAGGAAUCAGAAGAAGUUGAUGAGCAAUUUCAAGAAGGAGAUCAUUGUACAAUUGAUAUGGAAGGAAAGACUGCUGGUGAUAUGUGUGCAGUCGCAAGAGCUAUGGAUGAAAUGGAUGAAGAAUGCGAAGAGGAAGAAUCACCCUUUGGUGGUCCCAAACCAAUGGUUCCCUAUAGUUCAAUGUUCUUUCUCUCGCCAACAAACCCAUUUCGAGUUCUCAUUCACAGUAUUGUAUGUACCAAAUACUUUGAAAUGAUGGUCAUGACUGUCAUUUGUCUGUCUUCCGUCUCGCUAGCCGCUGAAGAUCCAGUAGAUGAGGAGAAUCCAAGAAACAAAGUGUUGCAAUAUAUGGAUUACUGUUUCACGGGAGUUUUUGCUUGCGAAAUGCUUCUGAAGUUAAUCGAUCAAGGAAUACUACUCCAUCCUGGAUCGUACUGCCGAGAUUUCUGGAAUAUCCUCGACGGAAUUGUUGUCACUUGUGCUUUGUUUGCCUUUGGUUUUGCGGGUACCGAAGGAAGUGCGGGUAAAAAUUUGAAUACUAUCAAGUCGUUGAGAGUGCUCAGGGUGUUACGUCCAUUGAAAACUAUCAAGAGGAUUCCAAAGCUCAAGGCUGUAUUUGAUUGCGUUGUGAACUCCCUAAAGAACGUGUUCAACAUCCUCAUUGUCUAUUUCUUGUUUCAAUUCAUCUUCGCUGUAAUCGCCGUACAACUCUUCAAUGGAAAAUUCUUUUUCUGUACCGACAAGAAUCGAAAAUUCGCUCAUACCUGCCACGGACAAUUCUUCGUCUACGACAACCAAAACGAUCCACCGCGAGUGGAGCAAAGAGAAUGGCGUCUGCGACCCUUCAACUACGACAACACCAUUAACGCGAUGCUCACCCUAUUCGUAGUAACAACGGGAGAAGGAUGGCCCGGCAUCCGUCAGAACAGUAUGGACACCACAUUCGAGGAUCAAGGACCCAGCCCAUUUUUUCGCGUGGAAGUUGCACUUUUUUAUGUGAUGUUCUUCAUUGUGUUCCCAUUCUUCUUUGUCAACAUUUUCGUCGCUUUGAUUAUCAUCACGUUCCAAGAGCAAGGAGAGGCUGAAUUAAGUGAAGGAGAUUUGGACAAGAAUCAAAAGCAGUGUAUUGAUUUCGCGUUGAAUGCAAGACCGCGAUCGUUGUUUAUGCCCGAAGAUAAGAAUUCAACGAAAUAUAGGAUCUGGAGGCUGGUAACAUCACCACCAUUUGAGUACUUCAUCAUGACAAUGAUUUGUUGUAACACGCUGAUUCUAAUGAUGAAAUACUACAACAAUCCAUUAUUCUACGAAGAGAUCCUCCGAUUGUUCAAUACAGCGUUGACAGCAGUUUUCACAGUGGAGAGUAUAUUGAAAAUCUUGGCAUUUGGUGUUAGGAACUACUUUCGUGAUGGCUGGAAUCGUUUCGAUUUUGUCACCGUCGUGGGUUCUAUCACUGAUGCUCUUGUCACUGAAUUCGGAGGACAUUUUGUUUCCCUUGGUUUCCUUCGACUCUUCCGUGCCGCACGUCUUAUCCGUUUGCUUCAACAAGGAUACACAAUCAGAAUUCUACUCUGGACGUUCGUUCAAAGUUUCAAAGCCCUUCCCUACGUUUGUCUUCUGAUUGGAAUGUUGUUCUUCAUUUAUGCAAUCGUUGGAAUGCAAGUCUUUGGAAACAUCUGGUUGAACGCGGCAACUGAGAUCAAUCGACACAACAACUUCCAAUCAUUCUUCAACGCCGUCAUCCUCCUCUUCCGAUGUGCUACAGGAGAAGGUUGGCAGGAUAUCAUGAUGGCUGCAGUUCAAGGAAAAGAUUGCGCACGUGCCGGUUCUGCAGAAAUCAAUUUCGAGAAAGGACAAACCUGUGGAAGCAACGUCUCAUACGCCUAUUUCACCAGCUUUGUCUUCCUAUCCUCUUUCCUUAUGCUCAACUUGUUCGUUGCCGUUAUUAUGGACAAUUUUGAUUAUCUCACAAGAGAUUCUUCAAUUUUGGGUCCUCAUCACCUCGACGAGUUUAUCAGAGUCUGGGCUGAUUAUGAUCCAGCUGCAACGGGUCGAAUCCACUAUACAGAGAUGUAUGAGAUGCUCCGAAUUAUGGCACCACCUGUCGGUUUCGGAAAGAAAUGUCCUUACCGCCUAGCGUACAAACAUCUGAUUCGAAUGAACAUGCCUGUUGCUGAAGAUGGAACAGUUCAUUUUACAACAACACUCUUUGCACUGAUUCGUGAAAGUUUGAGCAUCAAAAUGAGACCAGUUGAGGAAAUGGACGAGGCCGAUGAGGAGCUAAGGCUGACUCUGAAGAAAAUCUGGCCACUGAAGGCUAAGAAAAAUAUGGUUGAUUUGGUUGUUCCUCCAAAUCAUGAACUGUGUUUCCAAAAACUGACCGUUGGAAAAAUCUACGCCGGACUGCUCAUUCUGGAAAACUAUCGCGCUCGAAAAAGCGGGACGGAGAGGCAGUCAAACGACAGCGUGCCGCCGAGCUGCUACGCAAACGACGAAAUGCGCUGUUUCACUGGUUCUCGAAAGAUUCCAACGAGUCGCAGAUCGGUGGACAAGGAUUGUUCGGAGGCGGUCUACGAUCCCUGGUUGCCGCUGCCAAAGCGGCCGAAUCACAACAUUCUUCUCACACUCCACAACCGCCCGAGGAGA